AUGCUUCAAAAAGUCACCCUUGUCGCUUCCCUCCUUAUCAUCGCUGUUCAGGUAAGCUUCAUCUCCAAAAAAUCAUUUCUAAAUUUUCAAAUUCUGCAGUUUUCGCGCCAAGAAGACCCAAGUUGGUCGGAAUGGUCUGUGGUGGAAGGUGCGACUUGCAACGAAACUUGCGGAUCUUGCGGAAGGAUUUCUCAGUCCAGAACGUGUCUUGGUGGCUGCACUUGCGCGUUAGUUAUCUAUUGAAAAAUUGAAUGAAAACUGCAAAAAAUCUUGUGAUUAUUCCCUCUGAGUCGCACUGGGAAUGGCUAGAUACUAUGCGGCUAAACGCUUCGCGCUUUUUAAAUAUUGCGCCGGACCCAAUAAUACUUACGCCGUAACGUAAGCCUUAGCCUUGGCGGCGAUUUUGAGCUUGUUUUUUGAACCGCGGCGCGUCCGGAACGCGUGGAGCCAUUCUCCGUGCGUCCUGAAGUCUUAAGGUCGUGGCGAAUGGAUUAUAAUUCAAUUUUUCGUUAUUCAGAGGCGAGAAACAACGCCUCCAGCCGUGCAACAGCGACUUGUGCCCGUUCGGCCGGCCAACUUGCUGCGAAGGAUUCGAAAAAACCAUCGUUGGAAACACUUUUCAGUGUUUGUAA